UGAUAGCUAAAAAUAUUGCAAUCCAUUUUUAUAUUUGAUACAUGGAGAAUAAUUUGUAAACAAUAGAAAAGAUUCGGGAUCCAGAGGAGUUCAUCGCCGUCUUUCUACCUACCAGUGUUUUCCUGGAAUUUCGUUCCGUCUUUUAUGAAGAAAUUGCCUGCCAUUUGAGUUAAGUUGAGUAAGAUCUCACAGUGAAGAGUGGAUGGCUUUUGCAGACCCUCAAAGUCAAAGAGCGUCUUCUUCUUCUUCUUCCUCUUCUAUUUCUACUCGUGGAUGGAAUUACGAUGUUUUCUUGAGCUUUAUGGGUGAAGAUACUCGCCAUAAUUUUACAGAUCAUCUCUACAGAGCUUUGGAUCAGAAAGGGAUUCGUACCUUUAGGGAUCAUGAAGAGCUACGAAGAGGAGAAGAGAUUGCAGCAGAACUUUUAAAAGCUAUUGAAGAGUCAAGGAUUUGUGUCGUAAUUCUGUCGAAAAACUAUGCCCGUUCUAGGUGGUGUUUGGAUGAACUGGUAAAGAUCAUGGGGUGGAAGAAGUGUAUGGGACAAUUAGUGCUUCCGAUUUUCUACCAGGUGGACCCCUCCAAUGUGCGAAAACAGAAGGGGAGUUAUGGAGAAGCAUUAGCCGAUCAUGAAAGAAAUGCAGACGAGGAAGGAAUGUCGAAGAUAAAGAGGUGGAGGGAAGCGUUGUGGAAUGUGGGGAAGAUUAGCGGAUGGUGUUUAAAGAAUGGACCCGAGGCACAUGUUAUUGAGGACAUUACUUCCACUGUUUGGAAGAGUUUAAACCGGGAACUCUUACAUGUUGAGAAGAACCUUGUUGGGAUGGAUCGUCGAAGGGCGUCUUCUUCUACUUCUACUUCUACUUCUACUUGUAUUGGUCCAUGGGAAUAUGAAGUUUUCUUGAGUUUUAGGGGUCAAGAUACCAGACAAAAUUUCACAGAUCAUCUCUAUGCAGCUUUGUAUCAGAAAGGGAUUCGAACCUUUAGAAUGGAUCAUACCAAGGGAGAAAUGAUUUUGCCAACUACUUUGAGAGCUAUUGAGAUGUCAAGGUGCUUUCUCGUAAUUCUCUCGAAAAACUAUGCCCAUUCCAAGUGGUGUUUGGACGAGUUGAAGGAGAUCAUGGAGUCGAGGCGACAAAUGGGAAAAAUAGUUUUUCCAGUUUUCUAUCAUGUGAAUCCUUCCGAUGUGCGAAAUCAGGGGGAGAGUUAUGGAGAAGCGUUGGCCAAUCAUGAAAGAAAAAUUCCUCUGGAGUAUACACAGAAGUUGAGAGCAGCUUUGAGGGAAGUGGGCAAUCUUUCUGGAUGGCAUAUACAGAAUGGGUUUGAGUCAGAUUUUAUCAAGGAUAUUACUCGCGUUAUUUUGAUGAAGUUUAGUCAAAAACUCUUACAAGUUGACAAGAACCUCAUUGGGAUGGAUUAUCGUUUGGAAGACAUGGAAGAAAUUUUUCCACAAAUAAUAGACCCAUUAUCAAAUAAUGUUCACAUGGUUGGGAUCUAUGGAUUUGGAGGAAUUGGUAAGACAACCAUGGCUAAAGUUUUAUACAACCGAAUUGGUGCCCAGUUCAUGAUUACUAGCUUUAUUGCUAAUGUUAGAGAGGAUUCUAAAAGUCGGGGUCUACUUUAUUUACAAAAACAACUUCUUCAUGAUAUCUUGCCAAAAAGGAAGAAUUUUAUAAGGAAUGUUGAUGAAGGGAUCCAUAUGAUAAAAGACAGACUAUGCUUUAAAAAGGUUCUUCUUGUUCUUGAUGAUGUUGAUGAUUUGAACCAAUUGGAAGCUUUAGCUGGUGAUCAUAAUUGGUUUGGUCCAGGAAGUAGAAUUAUUGUAACAACCAGAGAUAAGCAUUUGUUGGAGGUGCAUGAAAUAGAUGCAUUAUAUGAGGCUAAGAAAUUAGAUCACAAGGAAGCUGUUGAACUAUUUUGUUGGAAUGCAUUUAAACAGAACCAUCCAAAAGAAGACUAUGAAACACUUUCAAACUCGGUGGUACAUUAUGUUAAUGGUCUUCCAUUAGGUCUUAAGGUUUUGGGUUGUUUCCUAUAUGGCAAGACAGUAUGUCAAUGGGAAAGUGAAUUGCAAAAACUACAAAGGGAACCUAACCAAGAAAUCCAACGUGUGCUUAAGAGAAGUUAUGAUGUAUUAGAUUACACGCAACAACAAAUAUUCUUAGAUGUUGCUUGCUUCUUUAAUGGAGAGGAUAAAGAUUUUGUUACUAGAAUCCUAGAUGCUUGCAACUUCUAUGCAGAGAGUGGAAUAGGAGUCCUUGGUGAUAAAUGCUUCAUAACUAUCUUAGACAAUAAGAUAUGGAUGCAUGAUUUGUUACAACAAAUGGGACGAGACAUUGUUCGACAAGAAUGUCCUAAAGACCCUGGAAAAUGGAGUAGAUUGUGCUAUCCUGAGGUUGUAAAUCGUGUAUUGACAAGAAAAAUGGGAACAGAGGCAAUUGAAGGCAUACUUCUAAACUUGUCUAGAUUGAUGCGGAUACACAUUUCUACUGAAGCUUUUGCAAUGAUGAAGAAUCUUAGACUGCUCAAAAUCUAUUGGGAUCUAGAAUAUGCUUUUAUGAGGGAGGAUAAUAAAGUAAAGCUGUCCAAAGACUUUGAAUUCCCUUCUUAUGAGCUAAGAUAUCUCCAUUGGCAUGGAUAUCCUUUGGAAUCUUUACCAUUAGGAUUUUAUGCAGAGGACCUUGUUGAACUUGACAUGUGUUAUAGCAGCUUAAAACGACUUUGGGAAGGUGACUUGCUUGUUGAAAAGUUAAAUACUAUAAAAGUUAGUUUCUCUCAACACCUCAUUGAAAUUCCAGACAUGACAGUUACUGCACCCAAUCUGGAGAAACUUGAAGAAUUUGAAGAAAAAUAUGAAGAAUUUGAAGACAAAAUAUGGAGGAACACCUCAAUUCAUUCUGUGAUACCUCACUUUACAAUGAAUUAUAACACCAUGGGAUGCUUUAAUGGAACCCGUAAUUCUUCUAACAGCCUGUUCAACCAGAUUCCCUCGCAGAUACCUUGUGCCAUAGCACGAAAUUCUGCCUCAGCACUGCUACGGGCUACCACUGACUGUUUCUUGCUUCGCCAUAUUCUUGAUGGUUGUUCAAGUUUGCUUGAGGUUCACCCAUCUAUUGGAAAGCUGAACAAGCUUAUUUUAUUGAAUUUGAAAAAUUGCAAAAAGCUUAUUUGUUUUCCCAGCAUCAUCGACAUGAAAGCGCUUGAAAUUCUCAAUUUCUCUGGCUGCUCAGGGCUCAAGAAGUUUCCAAAUAUUCAAGGUAACAUGGAAAAUUUAUUGGAGCUUUAUUUAGCUUCAACUGCUAUUGAGGAACUUCCCUCCUCAAUUGGGCAUCUCACUGGACUUGUUUUAUUGGAUCUGAAAUGGUGCAAAAAUCUUAAGAGUCUUUCGACAAGUAUUUGUAAGUUGAAAUCCCUUGAAAAUCUCUCUCUUUCUGGAUGUUCAAAACUUGAAAGUUUUCCAGAAGUGAUGGAGAAUAUGGACAAUUUGAAAGAGCUUCUUUUAGAUGGGACACCUAUCGAAGUGCUACCCUCAUCAAUUGAACGUCUCAAAGGCCUCGUUUUAUUGAAUCUGAGGAAAUGCAAAAACCUUGUGAGUCUUUCAAACGGCAUGUGUAAUUUGACAUCUCUUGAAACACUCAUUGUCUCCGGUUGUUUACAAUUAAACAAUUUGCCGAGGAACCUCGGGAGCCUGCAACGUCUAGCACAGCUCCAUGCAGAUGGAACUGCUAUAACACAACCUCCUGACUCGAUUGUUCUUUUGAGAAACCUGCAAGUAUUGAUCUAUCCUGGAUGUAAAAUAUUAGCACCUACCUCAUUGGGUUCGCUCUUUUCAUUCUGGUUAUUGCAUGGAAACAGUUCAAAUGGGAUUGGUUUGCGCUUGCCUUCUAGUUUUUCUAGUUUCAGGUCCUUAUCAAAUUUAGACAUAAGUGACUGCAAACUAAUAGAAGGAGCAAUCCCCAACGGUAUUUGCUCCUUAAUCUCAUUGAAGAAAUUAGAUCUAAGCCGGAACAAUUUUCUAAGCAUACCUGCUGGCAUCAGUGAACUUACAAACCUAAAAGACCUUCGAUUGGGGCAGUGCCAGAGUCUCACAGGAAUUCCGGAGCUUCCACCAAGUGUCCGAGACAUAGAUGCACACAAUUGCACAGCUCUUUUGCCAGGCUCAUCAAGUGUAAACACAUUGCAAGGGCUACAGUUCCUAUUCUAUAAUUGCUCCAAACCAGUUGAGGACCAAUCCAGUGAUGAUAAGAGGACAGAAUUACAAAUAUUUCCACAUAUUUAUGUGUCUUCCACUGCUUCUGAUUCCUCUGUGACUACUUCACCUGUUAUGAUGCAGAAAUUGCUUGAAAAUAUUGCAUUUAGUAUUGUUUUUCCUGGCACUGGGAUUCCUGAGUGGAUCUGGCAUCAGAAUGUGGGAUCUUCUAUAAAAAUUCAGCUACCUACAGAUUGGCAUAGUGAUGACUUCUUGGGAUUUGCUCUCUGCUCUGUUCUUGAACAUCUUCCUGAGAGAAUUAUAUGCCAUUUGAAUUCUGAUGUUUUUAAUUAUGGGGACUUGAAAGACUUCGGCCAUGAUUUCCAUUGGACAGGCAACAUUGUUGGGUCAGAACAUGUCUGGCUGGGUUAUCAACCAUGUUCCCAGUUGAGGUUGUUUCAAUUCAAUGACCCCAAUGAGUGGAAUCACAUUGAGAUUUCUUUUGAAGCAGCCCACAGAUUCAACUCAAGUGCAUCCAAUGUGGUGAAGAAGUGUGGCGUAUGUCUUAUAUAUGCAGAAGAUCUUGAAGGAAUCCAUCCACAAAAUAGAAAACAGCUUAAGAGUAGGGGAUGUAAUGUAGUUGAGAGAAGCAGUGACAGAGCAGGACUCAAUCGAAGUGGAAUGGACUCUAGUUCUAGUGGCAGCAGUGAUGGACCCACCAAUGAUCCCACGCUCAAGCUCAAGCGCAAACGUCCUCAAGAAUGACUACCAUCAUCCAGGUCUUUUUUCCAAUAAAAUUCUCUUUUCUGUUGAUUUGGUCAUGCAUUCUCAAAAUCAGUGAUGAUAUUUUUCGUCAAUAAUUCUCAGCGAACUCCUCCAAUCAUGUCUAUAUAUUAUAUCUCCGUCUGACUUUUCGAGGCCAGAAUCAGAAUUUCCAUGGAGGGAGAUCAUUUUCUUGCUUUCUGCAGAGCAACUCCUUUGCAAAUGCAGCGAUUCCAGGAGCUUGGAAUCUAGUUGGUUUCUUUUAUGUGAUAAAUUGGGUAGAAACUUAUUAAAACUUUUAUACAAUGCAUAUAUCAUUAAACUAUUUGUCACCAUUUUUCUGAGUAUAUGAUUCGAACCCUGCUGGUAUUGAUUUUAAUGCCUUUGAUAAUUAUAA